UAAUGCGAGGAUAGUGUUAAGACCAUGCAAGCAUCCUUAUCUGUAGAUGCAAUGUAAUCAUUUUUUUGUGAACGGAAUGUAACCAAAAUGCAAUUUUAAUAAAUCAUUUAUUAUUAUUUCAUACUGAAGCCUAAUAUGUGAUCACAUGAAAUUAUCAUUAUCUGUUUUCUGGUUUUUUUUCCCCUCUUGUUUUCACAACUGGGGCGGAAACGAUGAUGCGUGCUUGAGGGAUAGUAGCAAACGCAGCUCGACGUGCAGUCAGUACUGGUUCUCCUCUAAACUGGUCUGUUCCUGUCUGCUUCGAUGACUCGGUUAUUUCGUUCAUUUUUAGACUGACUGUUGGUUAUGAUGCUGGCGUCAUGAUGGAUAAUAACAAAGAGGUCUGCAGCAGCACGUCGGGACUGCAGCAUCAGUACAGAAGCGGCUGAUAUUUGCCAUAGCGACAGCUAGAAGCUAGUGCACUCCCGAGUCACUUUUACUCCAGAAUGCAGAAGUGUAGGGUUGCUGCUGCUAUAUCCAGCUACAGCCCCGCAGCUGCAGCACUUUCAAAACUGCAGCCACAGAACUGGAAGUGAGGGGCGGAGUUAUUGACUACGAGAGAGCACGAGACAUAUAAGGAUUCAGAGAGGUGACACAUUACCUGAGCUGCAGCAGUGCAACAAGUGUUACAGCAAUUACACUUGUGAGCCAUUGAAAUAUAUUGACGGCGCGGACUGCGGAGAUGUUUGGAACCAGUAAGAGCUCCAUGAACCACGUGACCGCGUGGCGGCGAGAUCAAAGCGUGUGGCAACGGUUUCUUAACGGCUCUGACAGAAGCAGAGCGCGAAGUCAGGUCAGUUAACGUUGAAAGAGAGCGAGAAUGCAGUAAUGGCCAGCCAUGAUCAGCUGUAGUGCUGGACAGGAGGAUGAGAGAAAGGAAACCAUGGAGAAAUACCUUCCCAAAUAUGUCCCAUUCUUCACUCUGCUGGCUCUGUCAGGACUCUUAUUCCUGCUGUGGAAUAUCACCUCAUUGGAAAGUUGGAACUGUCAGACAGUAUCUACCUUCUAUCAGCUUCAGAAUAGCAUCCAAUCAGUCUUGAAGAACUCUGAUUUUUUUCCACCGGUAGAGUUAAACUACUCAUUCUGUGCCCACCUCGGCCAGGAGCCCACUGCAGAUGAAGCCAGGGAGGAGAGCUUUCUUCUCAAAUCCAUUGCCUGGCCAGAACCAUCGGUCCUAGGACUGCCAUUGCGUCAAAGUAGUGAUCCUGCACAGAGCUAUUAUACAAUCCAAGACCCUGGAGAUCUGCAGGUGGGUGGGCAGCUGGUGGUGAAGGUACAGAUGCACAACUUUUUGGAUCAGCCCAAAAAAUACGGAGGAGACUUCCUAGUUGCGCGACUUCACACGCCAGAACUGGCAGCAGGUGUGGUUGGCCAGGUACACGACCACAACAAAGGAAACUACACUGUAUUUUUUCCUCUGCUUUGGGCAGGUGUUGCCCAGGUGGAACUGACAAUGAUUCACUCCAGCGAAGCUGUGAUGGUCCUCAGGCGAUUGAGAGAGGAACAAUCGGACCGAGUGUUCUUCAAGAGCCUCUUCCGCUCAGGGUACCUUUCUGAGACCACUUUGUGUAACAUGUGUCUGCCGCACAAAAAGCAGCCGCUUUGCAACUACACAGACCCCCAGACCGGAGAACCCUGGUUCUGUUAUAAGCCCAAGAUGUUAGACUGUGAUACACGGAUUAACCACUCAAAAGGAGGGUAUAAGAAAAACCUUCUCACUGUUUAUGAGUCACAGUUCUUCCAAAGUGGAGUAAAUAUCAAAAUUCCAAUAAAUUCUGCAGGGGUGGACAAUGUGACUGUUCAACCUGCUAAAGUACGAACCAAAGGGAUGCACCUUGAAUUCACUCCUUCAGGGUACUACUACCAGGGAUCAUGGAGGCCGUUGAGUGGUGUAGUCAUGCGUCAGUUCAGUGCCUCUUCGGUCAUAACACAGUGUCUUCAAGGGAAAAUGGUGUACAUGUAUGGAGACUCCACUGUGCGACAGUUGUACGAGUAUCUCAUUGCCCAUGUUCCAGAGUUUAAGGAAUUCAACUUUCAUAGCCCGAAGAAUGUUGGCCCAUACAUGGCAGUGGACAGCAAGCACAACAUACUGUUGAGAUACCGCUGCCACGGGCCACCGAUCCGCUUCACGUCUGUGUUCUCGGCUGAGAUGCACUACAUCUCAAAUGAGCUGGAUGGCUUACGAGGAGGCUCGGACACGGUGGUUGUGAUUAGCAUCUGGGCACAUUUUAGCACUUUCCCAGUACAAGUGUACAUACGGCGCCUGCGCCACAUCCGCAGGGCAGUGAUCCGACUGCUGAACCGAGAACCAGCGACUUUGGUGUUGAUCCGCACAGCCAACCUCCAAAAACUGGACCCGGAGUCCAGCUUGUUCAACAGCGACUGGUUCUCCCAACAGCUUGAUGCAGUGCUCCGAGCCAUGUUUAAGCAUCUAAACGUCCAUCUGGUGGACGCCUGGGAGAUGACACUCGCCCACCAUCAUCCUCAUCAGCUACACCCUCCACCUGACAUUAUAUCAAACAUGGUUAACUUCAUUCUUUCACUCAUCUGCCCAGUGAGGAGAAAGAAAAGGCAGGGCUAAACUACUCAAGCAGUAUUUGUGGGUUAGGAACUGGUGAGACUUAACGUUAAUCAUCCAUACCUUUGUCUUUGGGAUCAGCUUUUUUGCUAUCUUUUCAGCUGUUAUUUGCUAUCUGUUUUUAAGAGAUUACCAUACAAAUGAGUCCAAAACAAAACUGAACCCCGUUAGAGACAUUUUUAAAUAAUCUUCUUACGUGUUCCACGGGAGAAAGUCAGUCAUACAGGGUGGGAAUGACACGUGGGUGAGUUAAUGAUUACAGGAUUUUAAUUUUUUGGAUAAACUAUUCCUUUAGGGAAAAAAGCCAUCAACCUCAAGGCUGCAACUGUAAAUUAUUAUUGAAAAAUUUUAAGUUAUGUAUAAAGAAAAAUAAGAAUUACAGAAGAAUAAUUACUAUUACAGAAGUUAUAUGAGAGCAUUAAGAACUAUGAGUGCAAGCACAACUGUUUCUGUGCCAUGGUAAACAGGGAUUAUGUUAGCUGGUUAUUAUCUGUAUCUAUCCAGCUAACAUGUAGGCCAAGUGUGGUCAUGUGACAAAAGUAUAACAGAGCAUGCAGGUCACUGUCUUUUUGGAUAUAAGGGGUAUCCAGAGAUAUGAACAACUUAGUCACUAAUUUAAAUAUACAUUUUACCAUUUUGUUACAGUAUAAUUACUGAUGUUAGUAUUCAUUUUGUCUAUUAUGCCCUAUAAUGUCUGUUAUUAGUUUUAAUAUAAUUUCUCCCAUUCUCCAUUUACCUCUGGAAGAUCUGAAAAUGUAUACUGUUCUAUUUUAUGUAUCCAAAUGCAAUGUAAAAAUUUACACUCCAAAAAUGGUUAUUCAGAUUUUUUUGGAAGAGUUGUUUACGAUCAGUUCAUGUGCCUUAUUUAACACUACCUGUUUUUGAAUUAAUUUGUUCUAUUCCAUUUUUAUGUGAUUUACAGCUCUAAAAUUGGGUUUCUGUACAAGGGUUUCUAUAGCAUUUUUAUUUAUUUUAUUUUAUUUUAUUUUUACGCAAUAGCAAAGGAAGUUCUUAAAAUUCUUUAACCGUCCAGUGUUCAUGACAUACCAAAAUAAAUUCAUUCUUAAGCAUC